AGAGUGGCCCCUGGAAACCGGAAGCGGGAGUGUGAGUCCUCCUGCGGGGCUGCACCGGGCGGAGCCUCCUCCUCCUCCUGCUCUUGGGGCGCGAUGGAGCUGACCGAGUUGCUCUACAACAAGUCCGAGUACAUCGAGACGGCAUCCGGGAACAAGGUCAGCAGGCAGUCUGUCCUCUGCGGCAGCCAGAAUAUCGUCCUCAACGGGAAGACCAUUGUCAUGAACGAUUGCAUCAUCCGCGGGGACCUGGCGAACGUGCGGGUGGGGCGCCACUGUGUCGUCAAGAGCCGCAGCGUCAUCCGGCCCCCCUUCAAAAAGUUCAGCAAGGGAGUCGCUUUCUUCCCUCUGCACAUUGGGGACCACGUCUUCAUCGAGGAGGACUGCGUUGUCAACGCGGCCCAGAUUGGCUCCUACGUCCACAUAGGCAAGAACUGUGUCAUUGGCCGCCGGUGUGUCCUGAAAGAUUGUUGCCGGAUUCUUGACAACACCGUCUUGCCCCCGGAAACCGUGGUCCCACCUUUUACGGUCUUCUCCGGCUGCCCAGGGCUCUUCUCCGGAGAACUCCCCGAGUGCACCCAGGAGCUGAUGAUCGACGUCACCAAGAGCUACUAUCAGAAGUUCCUGCCCCUCACCCAGGUCUAGGCCUCUCUCUGCAGCUUGGCUCCGGCAGGAGGUCUCCGCAGGGGGCUGUUUGGGCUCCCUGUUUGGGGGUCUGGAGAGAGCCGCCUUCUCCUUUUGUGCAUCCCCCUCCCCCCUUGUGCUGCAUGUCAUGAAGGCUGGAGGUUUGGGGUGGUUUCUAGUCUUGGCAAGUGCCCUCCUGGGAGAACAUAGUUGAUGGGGGGGGGGGAUGAAGCAGGUGGACACAAAGCCUCCUCUAACCCCAAAGAGGAGCCCAGAGCAGCCUGAGAGCAGGGGAGGGGCUGCUGCAGUUGCUCCCCCUUCCCGCUCCUAGCCAGUUGCUUUGCUUGGGUCAUUUCUGGGCCGCGUGGCUCAGUUGGCCUUCACAGGAGAACCUCUCCUGUCUUGCUGGGGCUGUCUGCAUGUCCCUGGAGGGCGAUGGGUCCUCUCAUGCUUUCCCAGGGGGCAGGCGCCCCUGCACUUCUCUCUUCUCUCCAUGUCUCCUGGGUGAGGAGGUGCCCCCAGAUCGACCCACAGCCCCCGUGACAACAGGCUUGGCUUUCUUCUCUGUGUGCCUGGGCACCGUCGGGCUCUGCCACACAUGAACCACCCUGGCAUUCUCCCAACACGGGGCUGGGGUGCCCCCACCGCUGCUCAUUGCUGUUUUGUGUAUAUUUCCAUGUACAGAUUAAAAUUCCGAAGUGGGUCCAGUCA